AACCGCAGGGACAUUGGGAAGGACAAGCAAAGGUGACUUUCUCUGCUUUAACACACGCACAUAGAGAGGACAGGAAACGCCCAAGGAGCCUCAGCAGAAGUUUUGAUGGGAAUACAGACUCUUUGCACUCCUUUCUGUCUCUGAUGUCCGUUUUUUUGAGGCCUUUUCUUUGUUUGAAGUGAAUUUAAUCUUUGAAAUUGGUCACUAUGUCCGGAGCCACCAGUGACCAGCUGCACAGAUCAACUUUAACUGUCUAUGCGAACCUGAUGGAGCAGUUCAACCCUGGCCUCCAGAAGCUUGUUGCUCUAGGAAGCAGCUACAUCAAAGCUUUCCAAGCUUUAGCUGUUUGCAGUGAGGCCUACUUCAGUGCUGUGGCAAAAAUGGGUGAUCAGGCUCUUCACACACUUUCAUCUCGCUCUCUUGGGGAUGUCCUGAUCCAGAUAUCAGAAACACAGCGGAGACUCACGGCAGAGAUGGAGGGAGUGUUUCGAUGGUUCCAGGUCGAGGUGCUGCAGGCCAUGGACAAGAAUGUCAAGUUGGAUGAGGAGUACAUUGAUGGGAGUCGCAGAGUGUACGAGCUGGAGGUGAGGAACCAGGCAGAGUCUUUGGAGAAACAGCUCAGACGAGGAGCCUACAGGGAUUCUCUGGAGAACAGUGAAUACAUGUUGUACCUGAGACAGAGCCAGCAGGAGAUCCUCAAGGAGGAGGAGAGAAGGUAUCGCUUCCUUGCAGAGAAACACUGUGGUCUUACUCAGUCACUUCUCUUCCUUAUAAACAAGACUGGUGCGUCUCUCCAGCAAAAGGCCGAUGGAUGGAAGGAGAGAGUGAACGACACCCGGGGGUCUAGACCUCGAACUCCCACCCACUUGGACCAAGAGGUACAGCUGAGGGGUUCAGUGAGCUCCCUGCUACAGACUGUGGCCAGGGAUGAAGAUAUGUCCUGGGCCAGGAGGGAGCAGCAGGCGCUGGGCAGAGUGCCCUCUAGAGCACCAUCUCCCAUCCCAAGCCGCUCUCGCUCCAGCUCCGUUGGGGAAUCUUUGGGUCUGGGUGGAGGCAGAGCUAUGAGGGCCCUGGUGGCUCACCCCUCCUCAUCCAACCCAAAGCUUCUACCUUUCAACAGAGGGGAGACGAUCACCGUACUGGUCCAGGAGCCACGCAACGGCUGGCUGUACGGACGCACAGACAGCAGCCUGCGUCAGGGCUGGUUCCCGGCUGCUUAUGUGGCCCCUAUCGAAGACUUCUCCAGCAAUUUAUUGACAAGUGGUGGAUCUAUAAGAAGCCACAGUAUGAACAACCUGGUGGACACUGACCAAUCAGAGAGCAAGAGCUACGGAGAUGUCCCACCUCCAGCCACACCCAACCGCAGAGCGUCCGUAGACGUCCGGACAUCCAUAGAUGUCCGGGCGAUCUCUCCUCUCCCUGAGAAGAAGCUGGAGCUUUCCUUGGAGGCAAAGUCAGGUCAGACAAAAACCUACAGUGAACACCCGCCUCCGCCUCCUCCACCGCCGCCUCCUCCACCUCCGAGCCAGAAUAUAAGAAGGAGCUCUGUGGAUUUUAGACCAAUCUCACCCCUUCCAGAAAGGAAGGGUGAGUCAUCUGAUGUCCAGACACUAUCACCCCCCGGGCAACCUGAAAACCCACUGUUCCCCAGAGGCACAAACCCUUUCGCCACUGUGAAGCUGCGUCCCACCACGACCAAUGACAGAUCUUCUCCUCGGGUCCUCUGAUCCGUCAGCGCUCGUGCAGGCAUGGUUACCAAGUGAGGCUGCCAGAUCAGGGUGUGGAGUGCUCUCCUGAGUUUCGGGAGGGAACAUAAUGACAUCUUGGAAAUGUGACGGCUUUUGUUGAGCCCGAGGGUAGCGGAGGGUUAACUCAUGUUUGUACAGUUCUAGUUUUACACAGAAGUGAUGCUGUAGUUUAUUAUUCAGCAUCCACAUCCUAAGCUUUUAGAAGAGUUAUCAAUUCUUUGUACAGUAUUUAAGGUUUUAUAUAGAUAGCUCUGUUUUUUGUCAUACCUAAAAUAUUAAAGGAACAGUUUGAGAUUUUAAAGAACAUUAAUACCACUCACAUAUCUGAAACCAACUAGACUGAGUCAAAGGGAAACCAUCCAAACCAGCACCUUGUUUUACUCUGGACACAGCUGGGCUUUCAUGCCUUGUUUCUAGCAUUUAAUGCUAAGCUACCUGGUUGAGGGCUCCAGAAUUAUGUCCACCAUAAACAAAUGUACUUGGACGUGAGGACUCUAAAUCUAGGCAAGAAAGACGAUAUGACAAUAGAUAAUAGACAACAAAAUAGAUGUAUUUCCCACUGAAGCUGCACUGUAAACCCAAACAGUACUUCUAACUCAUAGCCAUUAAGAGUACAGCACUCGAAACUAGCUAUUAAUUAUUCUGUUAUCUGAACGAUUAAUGUUGUUUUAGUUAUAUGUGGAUCCAUUUUAUUGAGUUAAUAUCCGUCCAAAUAACAACUUUUGAGUGCACAGAGGGACGCUGUGUAUAAAGUCAUCAAUGUCACCCCCUAAAUCUUCACACACUUGAAAAACCACAAUGGCUGUGCUUCUUGAAGCGGCAAAACUAAACUACACAAGGAUUCAGAACUACAAAAUAAGACAGGACACACAAGACUAAACUAAGAAAGCACAACAAGAGACAUGGAUCACUAAACACUCAAGGGAGACAAAGGAUGACUAAUACAGAAUAAACAUGGGGAGGAGCCAAGGCGUGCUGCACAGUGGUACGGUGGGUAGUGCUGUGGCCUCACAAUGUGAAGGUUCCUGGUUCAAGUCCCCGGUUGGGCAAGUGCCCUUCUGUGUGGAGUUACCCUGUUCUGUCUGGGCACUCUGUGACCCCAAGAUGGCAUAAGAAGUCAAGAUAGUGGAUGGAUGAAAC